GCGCCACCAGCUCCGAGCCCCCGCCACUCGCCCUCCCUGCGCCCGCCCUCCUAGCUCUUCCUGUUUUUACUCCUCCUUUUCAUUCAUAACAAAAGCUAUAGCUCCGGGAGCCCGGCGCCAGGCUGUUUCUGAAGCCAAGCGUGGAAGAAUGGGGUUCCUUUGGACCGGCACUUGGAUUGUGGUGUUGGUGCUCCACAGCAGCCCAAUUCAAGCUUUCCCCAAGCCGGCAGGCAGCCAAGACAAACCCCUACAUAAUAGAGAAUUAAGUGCAGAAAGACCUUUGAAUGAGCAGAUUGCUGAAGCAGAAGCAGACAAGAUUAAAAAAACAUACCCUUCAGAAAACAAGCCAGGUGAGAGCAAUUAUUCCUUUGUUGAUAACUUGAACCUGCUAAAGGCUAUAACAGAAAAGGAAAAGAAUGACAAGGAAAGACAGUCCGUAAAAAGUUCUCCAAAUGAUAAUAAAUUGAACCUGGAAGAUGUUGAUUCAACCAAGAAUCGAAGACUGAUUGAUGAUUAUGAUUCUACUAAGAGUGGACUGGAUCAUAAAUUUCAAGAUGAUCCAGAUGGCCUUCAUCAACUAGAUGGAACUUCUUUAACUGCUGAAGACAUUGUCCAGAAAAUUGCUACCAGGAUUUAUGAGGAAAAUGACAGAGGAGUAUUUGACAAGAUCGUUUCUAAACUGCUGAAUCUUGGCCUAAUCACAGAAAGCCAGGCACACACACUGGAAGAUGAAGUUGCAGAGGUUUUACAAAAACUGAUCUCUAAGGAAGCCAACAGUUAUGAAGAGGAACUCAAUAAGCCAACGAACAGGACUGAGAGUCAGACUGGAAAAAUACCAGAGAAAGUGACUCCAAUGGCAGCAAUUCAGGAUGGUUUUACUAAUGGAGAAAAUGACGAAACAGUAUCUAACACCUUAACCUUGACAAAUGGCUUGGAAAGGAGAACUAAAACCUACAGUGAAGACAACUUUGAGGAACUCCAGUAUUUCCCAAACUUCUAUGCACUACUGAAAAGUAUUGAUUCAGAAAAAGAGGCAAAAGAGAAAGAAACCUUGAUUACUAUCAUGAAAACGUUGAUUGACUUUGUGAAGAUGAUGGUAAAAUAUGGCACCAUAUCUCCAGAAGAAGGUGUUUCCUACCUUGAAAACUUGGAUGAAACAAUUGCUCUUCAGACCAAGAACAAACUAGAAAAAAAUGUUACUGACAAUAAGAGCAAGCUUUUCCCAGUGCCAUCAGAGAAGAGUCAUGAAGAAACAGACAGUACCAAGGAAGAAGCUGCUAAGAUGGAAAAGGAAUAUGGAACCUUGAAGGAUUCCACAAAAGAUGAGGACUCCAACCCAAGAGGAAAGACAGAUGAGCCAAAAGGGAAAACAGAAGCCUAUUUGGAAGCCAUUAGAAAAAAUAUUGAAUGGUUGAAGAAACACAACAAAAAAGAAAAUAAAGAAGAUUAUGACCUUUCAAAGAUGAGGGACUUCAUCAACCAACAAGCUGAUGCUUAUGUGGAGAAAGGCAUCCUUGAUAAAGAAGAAGCCGAUGCCAUUAAGCGUAUUUACAGCACCCUGUAAAAAUGGCAAAUGACCCAAGAGUCUUUUAACUGUUUCAGAAAACAUAGUGUAGCUUAAAACACUUCUAAUUCUGUGAUUAAAGUUAUUUUGACCCAAGGAUUAUUAGAAAGUGCUGAAUUUACAGUAGUUAAUCUGUUAGAAGUGGUUAAAACAUAGCUUUCUUGCCAUAAAACUAUCCAAAAAGUAAAGUUGUAUGUAAGCUGAGAUUUUGUAUAUAGAAUCCUUAUUUCCUUAUAGAUAUACAUUUUAUAAGCAGAUCUAUGUUGCUUUGGAAAAGCCUGUAAUGGACUGAACUUAAAACUGAACCCUCAUCCCACUGUGUCACACAUAUAAGCACCCCCUGAAGAAUUAGGGGGUUCUGUUUUCAAGGCAUGCCGGGUACCAAAGCACCUCGUAGGAUAUCUCUGUUAUAAGAUGUCAUUUCCAUACCUCUUCCCUUUUGGGAGUUUAAAUAAAUUCACAUUUC